AUGUGUUUCGUUUCAGUUUGUGUGUCUGGAAUCAGUCCCUUUUGCCAAAGGGUGUUGCUGACUCUUGAGGAGAAACAUCUUCCUUAUGACCCCAAGUUGGUAGAUUUGACCAACAAGUCAGAAUGGGUCCUUAAAAUUAAUGCUGAGGGAAAAUCUCCUGUCUUAAAGCUUGAAGAGAAGCGGGUUUCUGAUUCAGAUAUCAUCACACAAAUUCUGGAAGAGAAGUAUCCUAUCCCACCAUUGGUAACUCCACCCAAAAAAGCUACAGUUGGGUUGAAGAUCUUUUCUACAUUUAUUGGAUUUCUCAAGAGCAAAGAUCCCAAUGAUGGAACAGAGCAAGCAUUGCUAAGUGAACUAAGCUCUUUCAACGAUUACCUUAAUGGAAAUGGUCCUUUUGUCAAUGGAAAAGACAUAUCUGCAGCUGACUUAUCUCUUGGACCAAAGUUGUAUCAUUUGGAGAUUGCAUAAAAUUAAUAAAUUUGUAUAUGCUUUAUUAUCUUUUAAGAGAAAUUUGUGUAU